AUGCAAAUGGUCAAGGAUGUUCUAGCCAACAGUGAUAAAGUUUCAGAGGUCCUACAAGAGUCUACUCAUCAGUUCAACCUGCUUACUUCACCCACCUUCCUACCAAAGGUCAAGGAUCAAGGGAAAUUCACUCUCCCUUGCACACUUGGGCAUCUUGAGAUUGACAAUGCCUUAGUGGAUUCUGGAGCAAGCAUCAAUCUGAUCUCUCUCUCCAUGGCAGAGAAGCUAGGCAUUGCUGGAGCCUUGCAGCGCCCUACUACUUCAAUCAUGUUUGGAGAUGCAACUUCUAAGUCUCCUCUUGGAGUGUUCAAGAACUAUCACUUGAAAAUUGGAGAAUGCAUCAUCCAAACUGAUCUCACUGUGAUGGAAAUGGAAGAAGAGAAGGAUUUGCCUUUUAUUGGGAACCCCUUUCCUUAUACCAAUCUCAGUUCUAAGAGUCAUGGAGCUACAAAGGUUGUGAAGGAAAGGGUUGACAAGGAACCAAGAGUUGGGAAGGAUAAGGAUGAGAGAGGACCAAGGAUUGAGAAGCCACGUCUUGAGAGGGCUAGAGUUGAGAAACCACGAUCUGAUAGGCCAAGAGCUGAGGACUUGUUCAAGCCCCUUGUGUGCUUGAUGAAGAGAGCCUUCAAGCUUUGUUUGAUGAGCCACUAG